AAAAUACAAUAUCUGAAAUCUUAAAAACACAAUAUUUGAAAAAACAGAAGAACCGAAGAAUAGAAAAAUACAAUAUUUGAAAAUACGAAAAAUACAAUAUUUGAAAAUAAAAAAAUACUACAAUUUGAAAAAUUAAAAAUACACCACGUGCAAAAUUAUACAAACAAAAUAUGUUUAAAUUCACCUUUCUAUUUAUUGUAUCAGUGACAAUUACAUUAAAUUUAAAAAUGAGUCGUGCCGAAUGUUGUAGAGCUUCGACAAUAAUUUUUAAAGCACGUGUGAAAACUUGUAAUGAUUUUUACGGAGCGUCAAAUAAAGCGAGACUUGGAAAUUGGGGUCGUAUAACAACUGAUGCUAGAAGUUGUCAAAUUUCUCUAUGUAAUGAUGGAAGACCAUUAGGAGAUAGCUCAUAUUGUGGCAAUGGACCAUGCAAUAUGUUUGGUUGCAAUUGUGACGACGGUUGCAAGACAGGAAAUAAACUCGAAUUAUUUAAACUCUAUAAUAAGGAUGAUAUUGAAUGGGCCAAAUAUUAACAUCCAGAAAAUGAAACUAAAAGUGAUGUAGAUUAUCUAAACUAGACUUUAUCGACACGAAGAAAUUAAGAGCUUCCUCUUAAUAGGACAAGUUAAGCUGUUUGUCCUUCCUACUUUUGAUCAGUCGAACCUCUUGUUUAAUCCCUUUGGGGAAACUAGAGAAGCUUAACCUCAACGUCAAGAAUUCUCAAGAGUAUUAGAGCGUAAGAACAGUUAGAACAUUUUUUUUUCUUCUUUUCCUUUUAUUCCUUUUUAAGUAUAUGAUUUUCUUUAGUCCCUCAACAGAGUUUCUCUUCUAACUUCUUUAAAACAGUUUUCCUUGAGAACUGUUCACACGUGAAAAAUGCGCGAAAGCUCCGCGACUUGACACAUUUUUUUUUUGUUUCUUUACUUUUCUCUUUAUUAUUUAAACCGAAAUUCUUUUUUUUAUUCCUUUCAAAUUUCUACUAAAUUUAAUAUUUUUAUCUUGAAUUUUAAUUUUAAUUGCU